AUGAAGUACCGUUUGCAUCAGCGCCACUCGUUCACUCCGAAUUCUUCACUUGAGGACAAAGCUGUAGUGUUUCAGAAUACAAAAACAGUUUUAUUCAAGGAGCAGGUUUCAUCAAACAGUCCUCAUCUCCUGCAGAGCAUUGUGCCUCUAGAGAAGAAAGAGGAGGAUGAGGAGGAAGAAGAAAAUAAAGCAGGACCAGUGCUCCCUCAGAAUGCAUCUUCAUGUACAGAUGAGGCUCCUGAGGGCCAGGGCUCUCUGUCUGAGGGCCCGUUCAGAGAUGCUGAUACUAAAAACAAACAGAGAUCACAUGAAAGAGAGACAAAACAGCAAAAUCAUUCUUUCCUAGACGCUCAAAAUGAUGACAACGUGAAUUAUAAACAGAGGAGAUUUCUGAUCUAUCUUUGUGGUGGAUACAAAGAUACAAUUCCCGAGCGCAGUGCGCUGAUGGAGAGUGUGUAUCCGCGGCUGUAUCUCCACUGUAAGCAGAGAGGAUAUGAUUUCAAGAUGAUUGACUUGCGGGCUGGGGUUGGAGAUCCUGAUUCAGACCGUCAUGAUCUGGCAGAGAUGCACAUAGAGACACUCAGACGAUGUCAGGACACUGAGGGACCAAACUUUUUUGUGUUCACCGGACAGAAGCAUGAAAUACUCUCGCUGCCAAAUACUAUUCCCCAAGCAGAUUUUGAAGCGGUUAUAAAACUAAUGGAGAAAAACAAGAAGAAACUCUAUAGGAGACAGUCAGACAUGGCGGUGGAGUCACAGUCCUGUUUUAUUCCUGCUGGCGACAACAGGAGUUUUGUGCUGGAGAGGGAAACCCAUUUAUCAGAGGAGAAGGAGCUUUCGGAGAGUUCAGCCAUCCUAAGUGAGAACUCGGUGUCCAGCAGUUCAGUGUCAGAUAGAGAACAGACUCCGCUGGCCCUCAGCUGGAUGGAUUAUGAUCAAGAGCUGACUCUCUUACAGACUUGGUAUAAGCUAGACACAAACACAGUUCCUGCUGUGUAUCGCUUACUUCCUGUCAGCACAAAUCACCCAGAUUUCCUCAGUAAGGAUGGACACCGCAGGAAGUUGGGAAGGAAGGCAUGGCGCUCGUCCUGUGUGAAGCUGUGGAGCGUGCUGUGGCGAUCUGGACCCGAGGCCAUCGGAGAAGAGGCCACUUGCCGUCUGCUAAGAACAGUGCUGGACCGGGAAGUGGAAAAGGGUCUUGGAGGGAAGCAGCCACCGGAGGAGUACAGCCACUGUUACAAGAGGAUCAUCACUGACCUUCUGUACAACCUGAAGAACGAACAUGCGUCACAGUUUAUAGACCUGCACAAAGGAAGACCUGAAAUCAACCAAACCUUUCAUCAAGCUCAGCAGCGCUUCAUACGCAACGUCCACCUCAAGUUGAGACACACUAACAUCCGCGAGACAAAUGUCAGCUGGGGAAGGAAAGGUCUGAGUGCCAAACACAACAGAUCUCAUCAGUUUUAUGUGGACCGGCUUUGCUCUCACUUCCAGCGCACUAUAACUGCUUCCCUCAACAGACACAUGCAGGUCCGUCAGCCUAAAGGAUCUUUCGACAUGCAGAGGAAAGAGGUUUCCAGACUCAAAACUCAAGAGGAGAUUCAGCGUCAUGUCAGAUUUGGGAAAACAUUCGCACAGGGCUUUGUGUACAGGCAGAACUUUCUGAUGGAAGUGAAAAGUGCACUUGAAGCAUCAUCAUUCUCCCAGAAUGCUGUGCUGAUAGUUGGAGAACCGGGCUCUGGAAAAAGCAUGACACUUGCCAAAUUGGCACAGCUAAUACCUACUUGGAUACCUGGGGAUGUCAAAGUGCUGGCCUGUUUUGUGGGUCUGACAUCUGACAGCAGAAAUGUGCGUUUGCUCCUCCAGACUCUAUGUCUUCAGUUAGCCAACAUCUACAGCCUCCAAACAGAGAUAUCUGAGUCUCUGUCAGAGUUGUCCAGUGAUCUGUGCUCGUUGUUGGGUUUGGUGACAGAGGAGCGGCCCUUGACCCUGCUGCUGGAUGGUCUGGAUAAUCUGAGUGAGGAACAUGAAGCUGAUCUUUCCUGGCUCAGUGAUAUUCUUCUGCCACACGUCUUCAUUGUUGUUUCUGCCAACACACAGUCUAAAUGUGCUCAUGUUGUACAAUCUCAGGUUAAGGUCUCUGUGCUGUCUCUACCUGCUCUUCACCAUGAGGAGAUCACAUCAGCACUGGCAUCACGACUAUCUUCAGACUCACGCCAGCUUACAGAAAACCAGUGGAUGCUUUUAUCCCAGUCCUGCCUAUCCUGCCCGUCUCCUCUCUACCUCAAUUUAGCCUAUGCAGAGAGCAAACAGUGGAGAUCCUUCACUCCCGAAAACAGUCUCAGCAUCCCUAAGGAUCCAAAUCAACUUUUCAUGAAUGUCCUAGUCAGUUUGGAGCGAGAGUAUGGGUCGUGUUUGGUACGACGUUUGGCUUUGCUUAUUUCACUAUCCCGUUCUGGCAUUGCCGAGGAGGAACUUUUGGUGCUUUUAGGAUGCGAUGGUCAUGUGAAGCACGAGAUGGCGAAUUUGCAUCAUCAGACGCUUCCAGUUUCCGAAUAUUCCCCUGUGCCUUAUGCAUUUGUGGCAGGACUUUUGUACGCUCUGAAGGAUUACGUGACAGAAGUGGAAAGUGACAACACAUGGCUGUUACGCUGGACUCAUAUGGAGUUUCAAUGUGUUGUUUUACAGCGAUAUGCACCAACAGAAGACUCUGUAAAAGCUGUCCAUGCAGACUUUGCUGAUCAUUUCAAUGGGAGUGCUCCGAAUAGCCAGGUUUUUCAACCAUUGGCUUGGAUCAGGAAGGAGAGGGGAAGAAGGUGCUAUGUGUUUAAUUUGCGCAAACUCCACUGUUUGCCGUAUCAUUAUAUCCACUCAGGGCAGAUCAUUCCUUUGCUCACUGAGUGUCUGUUUAACUACGAGUUCCUUCUGCAUAAACUGUGGGGCUUGUCCAUCUAUCACGUCCAGGAAGACCUUAAAGCAGCUGUCAUUGUGGAAAAGUAUGAUUAUUUCAUCAGUGUUUGGUUAUUGUUAUGUUAA